GCGCAGAGCUGCAGUCCCGGCUUAGUCGCAACCGUGCGACGAACAUGGAGCCCCCGGACGCCCCAUCUGGGGCGCGCAGCGCCGGGCGGCUGCUGUUGCUUGCUUUUCUGCUGGCUCCACACCCAGGUGCCCAGGCUGAGCUGCAGGUGUCUGUGCCCCCCUUGGUGGAGGUGAUGCGAGGAGAGCUCGUCACCCUGGACUGCACCCCCAUGGGAGCCCAUGACCAUUAUGUACUAGAAUGGUUUAUUACUGACCGCUCCAGGGGCCGCAGCCUCCUGGCUUCAGCCGAGCUGCAGGGCUCUGAGCUCCAGCGCACAGUGCAUGACACCCGGAGCCGCAGCCCCUCAUAUCAGCUGGACUCCCGCGGGCGCCUGGUGCUGGUUGAGGCCCAAGUGGGCGAUGAGCGAGACUAUAUAUGCGUGGUGAGGGCUGGAGCGGCAGGUACCGCUGAGGCCACUGCGAAGCUCAGUGUGUUUGCAAAGCCAGAGGCCACUGAGGUCUCCCCCAAUGGAGGGACACUGUCUGUGAUGGAAGACUCUCCCCAGCAGAUUGCCACCUGCCACAGCCGGAAUGGGAAUCCAGUCCCCCAGAUCACGUGGUAUCGGGAUGGGCAGCGCCUGGAAGUGCCCAUGGAGAUGAACCCAGAGGGCUACAUGACCAUCCGCACUGUCCGGGAGGCCUCCGGCCUGCAGUCUCUCACCAGCACCCUCUAUCUGCGUCUCCGUAAGGCUGACAGAGAUGUGAGGUUUCACUGUGCCUCUCACUACAGCCUGCCUGAGGGCUACCAUGGCCGCCUGGACAGCCCCACCUUCCGCCUCACCCUGCACUAUCCCACAGAGCACGUGCAGUUCUGGGUAGGCAGCCCAUCCACCACAGCUGGCUGGGUGCGUGAGGGUGACUCUGUCCAGCUACUCUGCCAAGGAGAUGGCAGUCCCAGCCCAGAGUACACAUUCUUCCGCCUGCAGGAUAAGCAGGAGGAGGUGCUGAAGACAAAUCUUGAGGGAAACUUCACCCUGGUGGGGGUGCAUCGAGGCCAGAGCGGGACCUAUGGCUGCAGAGUGGAAGACUUCGAUGCUGCUGAGGACGUGCAACUCUCCCAGAUCCUGGAGCUGCAUGUAGCCUACCUGGACCCCCUGGAGCUCAGCACCACAGAGGAGCUUUCCUUGCCUUUGGGCAGCAGCACAGCUGUGAACUGCUCCGUGCAAGGCCUGCCCAGCCCUGCCCUACGUUGGACCAAGGACGCGGUGCCUCUGGGGGAUGGCCCCAGGCUCUCACUCAGCUCCAUCACCUUUGAUUCUGCCGGCACCUACACCUGUGAGGCCUUCAUGCCCACUGUGCCCCUCCUCAGCCGCACCCAGAGCUUUGAGCUACUGGUCCAAGGGUCACCAGAGUUAAGGGCAGAGGAGACUGAACGCAAGGCAGAGAGCAGCUGGAGGGAAGGAGACGAAGCCACGCUGAUCUGCUCUGCCCGUGGCUACCCAGAGCCCAAACUUACCUGGAGCCAGCCAGGCAGCAGUCCAGCAGAGCCAGUGCCCGGGAGGCAGGGCUGGGUGAGCAGCUCCCUGACCCUGAAAGUGACCAGUGCCCUGAGCCAGGAUGGCAUCUCCUGUGAGGCCUCCAACCCCCACGGGAGCACCCGGCAUGUCUUCCACUUUGGGACUGUGGCCCCCCAGACUCCCCAGGCCGGAGUGGCUGUAAUGGCUGUGGCAGUCAGCGUGGGCCUCCUGCUGCUGGUGGUCGCUGCCUUUUAUUGCAUGAGGCGUAAGGGACGUCCCGGCUGCUGCCGGCGUGGAGAGAAGGGGGCUCCGCCACCUGGGGAGCCAGAGCUGAGCCACUCAGGCUCAGAGCAGCCAGAGCAGACGGGCCUUCUCAUGGGAGGGGCCUCUGGAGGAGCCAGAGGUGGCAGUGGGGUCUUCAGAGAUGAGUGCUGAGUGCUACAACUUCUUAGAGGCAGUCACUGGACACAGAGUCGCAGGCAUCAGUCAACAGCCCUGCUCACAACGGCCCACCCCCACCUUCCCUCUUCCCACUCCCUGCUCUGGCCCUCCCUCUCUUCCUUCCUCUGCUGACCAGGCAGGGACCCACAGGGCCAGCCUGCCUCCGGGAGGGAAGGUAGGAGGGGGCCUUCCUCCGGGAGUAUGACUCUCCCAGGCCUCAGAAUAGCUCCUGGACCCAAGCCCAGGGCCUGGCCUGGGAUGAGGCUUCGAGGGUCGGCUAGCUGGGGCUAUUUUUACCUCCUGCCUCCCUUGCUGGUCCCCCCACCUGAUGUCCUGCUGCAUAGUCUGACACUGGAUUCCCACCCCUGCCCUGCCCCCACCCCCCAUCAUCUGUGGACACUGGAGUCUGGAAUAAAUGCUGUC